AUGGAGCCCAGAGACUUCGACUCUGACAACAAAGAGCUGCUGAGCUGGGACAUUAACGACAUGAAGCUGCCCCAGAACGUGAAGAAGACCGACUGGUUCCAGGAGUGGCCCGACGCCUACGUGAGGCACGUCUACAGCUCGGAGGACCGCAGCGCGCAGCGCCACCUGAGCAGCUGGGCCAUGCGCAACACCAACAACCACAACUCGCGCAUCCUCAAGAAGUCCUGCCUGGGCGUGGUGGUCUGCGGCCGCGACUGCUCCACCAAGGACGGGCGCAAGAUCUACCUGCGGCCCGCCAUCUGCGACAAGGCCCGGCAGAAGCAGCAGCGGAAGAGCUGUCCCAACUGCAAUGGGCCUCUGAAGCUGGUCCCCUGCCGAGGCCAUGGCGGCUUCCCGGUCACCAACUUCUGGCGGCAUGACGGACGCUUCAUAUUUUUCCAGUCAAAGGGACAGCAUGAUCACCCAAAGCCAGAGACCAAGCUCGAGGCUGAGGCCCGAAGAGCAGUGAAGAAGGUGCCUGGGGCAUCUUCCUCCAGCUCCUUAAAGCGGAAAGGAAGCCCCGAGACCAAGUCUCCUCCAAGUAAAAAGCCAAAUCAAGGAAGUUUACCUUUAACUUGGUCAUUCCAGGAAGGCGUCCACUUGCCUGCUAGUCACAGUGGACACUUAAUGGCUAACGCUCCCCAGCCGAAUGCGCUGAAUGAUUGCCUGCCUUUCCCCAAGAGCUAUGCACCGGCAGGUCCCGUGGACACCACAGAUCUGGCGAGCCUGCCGUCCACGCUGGACUCCACCAAGCUCUAUGAAAAAUGCAAGCUGUCCGAUGGUCGGAUCCACAGCAGCGACCUGUUUCAGCCUCCGGCACAUGGAGUCUACUCAGAUUAUGACGAGCUGCAAACGUGGAGUAAAAACUCUGCUUUGGGGAGAAAUUCUCUGAAUGAGCCCUGCUGUCCCAGUUAUCCUUUCCCUCUGACCAACUGGCCUUGCGACUUCUUCCCUUCCCAGAACUCUUUGGAGCCCUUGCCCCAGCAGAUUCCCCUGGAGCCACCUGCACCCAAACCCGGCUGUCACCCUUUGUGGCCCAAUCCAGGAGGUGAUGUGUAUGAGGAGAAGAUCCCCAUGGAUUUCACCAGCUACGUGCCUUCCCUCCCAUACCCAGGCCCCCAGGAAGACCCCUUCCUGCUCACAUAUGCCUCUCACCCUCACCAGCAGUACCCGCUGCCGGGCAAGAGCGGCCGGUGGGAUUUCGAUGAAGAAGUGGCGUGCAUGGGCCUGGAUCACCGCAACAGCGAAGCGCUUCUCAGCCUCUGCCCUUUGAGAUGA